AUGCUGCUCGCAGCCAUUGCUACUGCAAUCAUCAUCACCCCCGAAUCGAAAUACCACCCGUGGCACAUCUACACCAAAAGAAACAUUACCCUUAUGGAGAAAUCUGGACCCAACGGAGCUGCACCAUCAAGAAAAUUCACUUGUAUUCGAGGCGAAAUCUGCUCAGUCUACCUGAAAAUCCAUUACGACAUCACAUUCCUUUCAAAUCUUACAAUCGAUGUUAACGAUGGGAAAAAGGAAAUUGGAUUCGUUAAGGUGCAGAAUCGCUUUUUCCAAGCGGUUCCAGUGAAACUUGGAGUGCACCGUUUCAGCUGGAAAUUCCGGGUAUCAACAGGACAACUCGUUCGCAUACCAUUUGAAGUUCACGUCAACCGCGGUAUCCCUGCAAGCCACAUGUUCCAUUUUCAAAUGAUCGAACCAACCACCGAACAGUUUCAUCAAAAACCGAGUCUGUUGCUCAGAUUCGUCGAGCAUCUAGCAGACGGAGUGCAUGAGAACCCUCACCGCUUUACUGUCCGUGCGAUAAACUUUAAAAACAACACAACUCGGAUCAGAUUAUUUCAUAAUGGUGUGAAGAAGUGCAACAACACGGACAUCAACCGAAUAUAUGUGGCAAUGACGGGACAGCCAGGAAGAAAGAAGAUAACCAAAGAACUUACUGAAACUAUGACCGAUCUGUUCAACAUUCAAUCGAUUCGUCUUGUUAUAAAGGAGUGCCACGUGUUCAAUCCCUUCAUCACCCAUGCUCCAAUUUCCUCUACUGCUACUCCAAACACAACCGUCCCGGCCUCCCCAUCAACCCUUGCUUUCCGUAUCCUGGAUGACAUUGAGACCUCAAAGCUGAUUGAAUUGUUGCUCAUCAUCAUUGUGGUUGUAGUCGCUGCUUUUGUACUCCUUGGAUGGUGUCUUCAGAGAGUUUUCCAAAAGCGAUCUUCCCCUCAAGCAACUGCAAAAAACUUCAUCCGGGACAAUGUCUGGCCAGCAAUGAUUGAGAUGGAUGCAUAG